AUGACUAAGACAUUGGGCCAGUAUUUUCCAGCCACUUCCGCAACGAACGAUGCUUCUAUUGAGACGAUGAUCGGCCCUGCAUCAUGGCAGGCUCUAUUUCGAUUAGCUUCCCGUCGCAAGCCAGGACACAUCCCGUUCUUCACUUCCUCAAUAUCUCGAGAGCGAAACGAGGCACGUCCAAAGGCCUGGAACCCACUCAAGCCAUCCAAUCAAAACCUCGUCUUCCAACUCUCCACCGAGGUAUCUCGAGCAGUGCACAACAAUCUCCCUGUCGUGGCCUUGGAAACCACAAUUUAUACUCAUGGAUUCCCGUAUCCUGAGAAUGUGGCGUUAGCACUGGACUUGGAGAAGAUCGUUAGAGCUAAUGGGGCGAUUCCAGCGACGAUUGGAGUCGUGGGGGGUGUGGCGAGGGUUGGGCUGACUAGUAAGGAGAUCAUGACCCUCGCUGCAGGUGCUGGGAAGCCAGAGACGAUGAAGGUUUCCAGGAGGGAUUUGCCUUAUAUUCUGGGCAUGGGUGUGGCUGGAAAGAAGCUCAAUGGCGGGACGACUGUGUCUGGAACUAUGCUGCUCGCUGCCAAAGCCGGAAUCAAAGUUUUCGGGACAGGCGGUCUCGGUGGCGUCCAUCGUGGAGGUCAAGACACGAUGGAUAUCUCCGCUGAUCUCACCGAGCUUGGCCGGACUCACGUAGCCGUAAUCAGCAGCGGCUGCAAGAGCUUCUUGGAUAUCCCUCGAACUCUCGAGUAUCUAGAGACUCAGGGGGUGACCGUCUGUACGUUUGCAGACGGAAGGACUGGGGCUAUUGAUUUCCCCGCUUUUUAUACGCGGGACAGUGGGAGUAAGAGUCCAAUGGUUGUCCAAGAUGCGAGGGAAGCGGCCGCAAUCAUCUUUUCUCAGAGUAUGUUUAGUGGAUCGAAAAAGUCCGGCAUGUUGUUUGCGAAUCCUGUUCCUGAAGAGUUUGCCAUGCAAAAAGCUGAGAUCGAUGCCGCCAUUGACCAAGCAGUUCAAGAGGCUGCUGAACAAGGUUUCCAUGGUCACGCUAAUACGCCCUUCAUCCUUUCUAGAAUCAAGGACCUUACGCAUGGUAACAGCCUUCCAGCCAACCGCGCCUUGAUUGAGUCUAACGUAGCGAUGGCGGCGAAGGUUGCUGUUGAACUCUCGAAGCUGAAAGAUUCCACUAAUCAAGACCCCGAGCCGAACAAGGAAAUGGCGAAAAGGGCAUCUAUGGGCCAAGCGGAUGUGAACCUGCGAAGACGAAAAUGCGACUCCAACGAUGAAACCUCGAAUAUUGAGGUAAAUCUACGAGACAGAUUGGCCCAUUCAAUCACUGGAAAAGCGGCUUCGAAAACUCCAGACAUUGUGGUCUACGGAUCUGUUGCGAUGGAUCUCUCUUGCGAUUAUGCACCUCUAGGCGCAGAUGCUCAUUCCCCGCCGAGGGACUUGCCAAUCUCGCCUCAAAUGCACACAUCAAACCUUGCCGCAAUCAGCCCAUCGAUUGGCGGUGUUGGUUGUAAUGUAGCCCUAGCAGCCCAUCGUGCUGGAGGCACUACAUCUGUGCUGCUUCGUAGCUUGGUUGCAAAAGAUUUAGCUGGACAGACUAUUUUGGCCGCUCUAGAAACCGAGGGACUCUAUGUUGGCGGUAUUCGCAGUCUUCCUCUUCAGUCGAUAAACCCCGAUGUCAAGCAGCAGCACCGGACUGCACAGUAUGUUGCGAUCAACGAUGCCAGGAAAGAUCUUGUUCUUGCAAUGGCAGACAUGAGUAUCUUCAGCACGCCAAACCCUAUGGCUGUUCCAUUCAUGCGAGUAAGUCCGAAAUGGGGCGUGGUCGAUGCGAACUGGCAUCCGCGGAUGAUUCGGAAGAUAUCUCGUCAUCUCAAAGAUUGGAAAUCAAAGGUGGCAUACGAGCCAGUCUCUGUCCCCAAAUCAGGAGGCAUCUUCCAGCCAUCCGGACCCACUUCCGAUCAUCUCGGCCUCUUCCCAGCACAUACAGUUGAUCUCGCGACACCAAACCAGCACGAGCUAGCAGCAAUGCAUACUGCAGCAAAAAAAUGGGGGUUCUUUGAAUCGCAAAGGUGGUGGGAGGUCAUAGACAGUCUAGGCAUUCCCAGCUCCGGGCUUCGCGACCGUUUCGUCGCCACGACGAACCACAAGAUGACAGAUGAAGGCAUUCCACUUCAAACAAUUCAACUCCUCCCAAUCAUUCCUACGAUCCUUACAAAACUUGGGGCUGAUGGUGUCCUCUUGACAGAGAUUCUCAAGCCUGAAGACCCGAGGCUUACAGAUCCUGCUCAUGCGCCAUAUAUACUAUCUCGCACUGUGAAUGGGAGCAUCGAGGUUGGAGGUCUAUACAUGCGUCUUUUCCCACCUGUGGAGGUUGUGGAUGACGUUGUUAGUGUUAAUGGCGUUGGCGACACUUUCCUCGGUGUCCUCGUCGCCGGGUUGGCAAAGGGCUUGGAACUAAACGGGGGAUUGAUCAAUGUUGCUCAACGAGGGGCGGUGAUGACGCUCCGGAGCAAAGAGUCAGUGAGCCCUCAAUUGGGAGAGCUGACCCCGGAGUUCGAUCGAUUACAGCAGAAUGCUAUCACAGAAGCAUUGGAAACAGCCAGGGAUGGAGCAUAA